UCUGGUGAGGAGCGGAUUCUUACACUUGCACUGACACAACACGCGCUGCUACAACACAGAAUGGAGGAACUUCUGACGCAAACAGGAAGGUGUCAAGCCCAGGUGGAGGCGCUGCGGGAGGACAAGGAGGAGCUAAAGAGGGAAAUUCAAGCCUUGAAGGAGCGAAUGACGACAAAAAACAAAGAUAUAGGCUCGUCGACACAUGAAUUUCCCGCCAAAAGUGACCACGGUUGCAAAUGUAAACAAACUGACUCCGACGCACCCAAAAGGACUGCAAUGCUCUCUACCACUGCUACUAUCGAUACUACUACUGCAAUAACUGUCCUCACUGCUCCGCCUGGUUCUCCUGAGUCUACUACUAUCACUAAUGGCAGGAAUAGUAGCACUGGGCGGAUAGUAGACCGUGUUUCUGGUGGAGCGGUGACUGAGACUACUUCUAUUACAAUUAUUCCGACUACUACUGCUGCUACUACUAUUGCUACUACUACUACUGAGAGUGUGGUCGUGCUUGGAUCUGGUGUAAGGUGAUCUUGGAACCUCAGGGAAAACAACAUGCAGCAAGUGAGUUGGAAUGGCUAGAACCAGAGGAUGGGGGUGUGCGUCCAGGGAAUUGAGGAGUGCCACUGCUUCAACUGAUGUGUGGGGCCUUGAGGCAGAGGGUCCACCAGGUGUGUGUGUGUGUGUGUGUGUGUGUGUGUGUGUGUGUGUGUGUGUGUGAGAAUGUUUUCCUACUUGUGGUGAAUGGUAAGGAAAAAGAGUGUGUGGUGGUGUGUGGUGUGGCCUUGCUUGUGGCAGAUGCAUUGGGGAGUGUGUGGUGGUGUGUGGUGUGGCCUUGCUUAUGGCAGAUGCAUUGAGGAGUGUGUGGUGGUGUGUGGUGUGACCUCGCUUGUGGCAGAUGCAUUGGGGAGUGUGUGGUGGUGUGUGGUGUGGCCUUGCUUGUGGCAGAUGCAUUGGGGAGUGUGUGGUGGUGUGUGGUGUGGCCUUGCUUAUGGCAGAUGCAUUGAGGAGUGUGUGGUGGUGUGUGGUGUGACCUUGCUUGUGGCAGAUGCACUAGGGAGUGUGUGGUGGUGUGUGGUGUGACCUUAGUAACUUAACUUCUUAGUAACUUGUUUGAUAAUGGACUCCCUUGAAAACUGAUGACAAAAAUAGAAUGCUAGGUAUAGAAAAUGCGCCCAGAUUAUUAGUAUGAAAUAUCUGGGGAUUAAUUCGCUAGCAAACUAACACUAGACAAGAAACGUGACACGGAAAAAGAGAAGUUUGAAAAGUGUGACAGUAUGAGAGCUGCCGAGGUUUAGUAGGUGAGUGCGUGGGCGCGGCCGUGACAGUGCGUGUGUGUGCGUGGGCUGAGAGUCCGUGCGUGUGUGUGGGCAUGAGAGUCCGUGCGUGUGCGUGGGCGUGAGAGUGCGCGUGCAUUGGCGUGAGAGUGCAUGUGGAUGUGCGUGGGAGAGUGCGUGGGCGUGGGCGUGAGAGAGCGUGUGCGUGCGUGGGCGUAGGCGUGCGAGUGUGUGUGUGCGUGGGCGUGAGUGCGUGUGAGUGCGUGGGCGUGGGCGUCCGAGACUGUGUGUGCGUGGGCGUGAGUGCGUAUGUGUGUGCAUGGGCGUGAGAGUGCGUGUGCGUGAGAGUGCGUGGGCGUGAGAAUGCGUGUGCGUGAGAGUGCG